UGCGCGUGUGCCGCUCCGUCUCUGUGUGUGGCUCCCUCUGUCCCGCCUAUUGGCUGGGAGGUGCCCGACGUCACAAUUGGGAGUUCCUAUAACUCCCCCAUACUCUCAACAUAACGGGCUCCGGGCAAGUUCUAGGCAGUCAGGAGGUGACGAAAGGGAGGAGGGUCCGAACAGACAAAUGCCUCUGCGGCGGCAGGCUGCAUGCGGCUCCCGGUCCCGCCAAGCCCCGCGUGCGCUCGCCAAGCCUGGAUCUUCUCCAGCGCGCCCGUAGCGGCCACUGAGAGCAGAGAGCCUGCAAAGGGACCAGCGGCCGGGCGCUUCGGAGCCUUGGUCACACCCGGCGUGACGGACAGACCCUUCGCGCGCGGACCUGCCGAGAGGCGCUCCAAGUAAGAGCGGCGCACAAGAAGGGCUUGGACGCGGCUGCUUUCCCGGAGGGGCCGAGCGCGAUGGAAGCGGUGAGCGCCGCUAGCGCCGUGCAAGCCACGCUGGGCGCCAACAACAGCAGCGGCAGCAGCAGCGGGCAGAGCGCGGGCAACUCCACCGGCUCCGAAGAGAGCUGGGUGGUGGGAAUGGGCAUCCUCAUGUCCCUGAUAGUGCUGGCCAUCGUCUUCGGCAACGUGCUGGUGAUCACCGCCAUCGCCCGCUUCCAGAGGCUACAGACGGUCACCAACUAUUUCAUCACGUCUCUGGCUUGCGCGGACCUGCUGAUGGGGCUGGCGGUGGUCCCUUUCGGAGCCAGCCACAUCAUCCAGCUCACGUGGAAGUUCGGGAACUUCUGGUGCGAGUUCUGGACCGCCAUCGACGUGCUGUGCGUGACGGCCAGCAUCGAGACUCUGUGCGUUAUUGCCGUGGACAGGUACUUCGCCAUCACCUCCCCCUUCAAGUACCAAAGCCGCCUGACCAAGAAUAAAGCCAGGGUGGUCAUCCUGUUGGUUUGGGUGAUUUCUAUCCUAACCUCCUUCUUGCCCAUCCAGAUGCACUGGUACAGAGCCACGGACCCCAAGGCCAAAGAGUGCUAUGACGAUGAGACCUGCUGCGACUUCUUCACCAACAAAGAGUAUGCCAUCACUUCUUCCAUCAUCUCCUUCUACUUGCCCUUGGUAGUCAUGGUCUUUGUCUACGCCAGGGUCUUCCAGGUGGCCCAGAAGCAGCUGAAGAAGAUAGGCAAAUGCGAAGGGAGGUUCCACCAGCAAAGUUCACAGCAAGAGCAGCAGGCUGGAAGGGGAAUCCACAGGAGGGCAUCCAAGUUUUGCUUGAAGGAACACAAAGCGCUCAAAACCCUGGGCAUUAUCAUGGGCACCUUUACACUUUGCUGGCUCCCGUUCUUCAUCGUCAACAUUGUGCAUGUCAUCUCGGAAGACGUCAUCCCCAAAUUUGUGUACAUCUUUUUGAACUGGGUGGGAUUUGUCAAUUCGGCCUUCAACCCUUUGAUUUACUGCCGAAGCCCAGACUUCAGGUAUGCUUUCCAGGAGAUCCUUUGCUUCCGGAGGUCUGGCCUGAAAAUGUACGUCAAUGGAUAUUCCAACAGCAAUGGGAAAAACGAUUUCAAUGGGGAUCACAAUGGCUAUCAUAUGGGACAAGAGAAGGCUAGCGAACUGCUGUGCGAAGAAGGAAGCCCCCAUGCUGGGGAAGAGUUUUUGCACUGUAAAGAGCUCCCUCACCUGGCAACCAAAGCCUAACUCCCAUUAAUUUCUCAUGUACUUGGGAGAGGAGAAGACUCAUGGAAUCAUGGAGUUGGAAGGGACCAGACAGAAGGAAGUAUGCAUUGUUUUUUCCCCAAAUUAUUUUGGCUCAUGGCAACAAAGAUUGUGAUUCAUUGUAUUUCAAAGGAUUCGGUAUUUUUAGACACACUUUUGAAGCAACCUAUAUAAAUUCCUUAAUUGAUAGUUCUCUAUAAAAUGCUGGAUGCUGCGUAGGAGACUUUCUAAGGCUGCCAGUCCUAUACCCAGUUUCCUGGGAGCUGGAGCAUGGGAUCCCUUUUUAGGGAGAAAUGCUGAGUCAGCUCAGCCCGGUUUUGAUUUGCCUGCUUUCUGGUUUGUUAGAUUUUCUGACAUGUUGCUUUCCUUUUCUUCUGAGUUUCCUUUAUGUCAGCUCCAGGGCUGUCAGAUGGGAAUCUGAUACGAUGCAUGAGUCAACAGGUGCAAGAAAGAGCGGGGGUAGGAAGUCUGAAGUGGGUGGAAGGCAAGUGCCAAGCUAUGUCACCAGGGUCUUUGUUCAUGUCAGGACGCAGAACAAACUUGCAGAUGAUCCAACUAUUGAUGUUUUACAUAAGUUCAACCCUCCCCCAUUCCAUGCACAACUUUAUUUUCAGGGCAUGAUUGACAAGGGGAUGUGAAAGUGCCCGAGACUGACACAGCAGAGGAUAUAAUGCAAUCUGCUGCCUCUCUACAAGGCAGUGGCACAUUUUCAUUUCCUGUUUGUCUGCCUAUCUGCUCAUUAUUAUUCUAAUUCCUCCACUUAGCAUCUGGGCAGCUGAACUGAAGGCCUUCCCAAUCUUUCAGGAACAGAGUGCUAUUUUAAGCUCCCCAGAACAGCCAGAGAUUCCUUCCCCCACCCCUACCCCCGCUGUAAACAUCAGGGAAAUUGCAACGAGUAAAACAUAAUACUUAUAUUUUUUUUGUACAAAUUUCUUAUGUUUGCAAUAUUGAAACCCACCCCCAGCACUUUUAAGGACAUUAGUUCACUAUAGGUAAAUUUAUAAAUCACAGUAAACCAUGGUUUAUGAUGAUGGGAAUGGGCUGCCUUGGGUUUGUGCACCCCUCUCUUCCUCUGGCACGUCCCUGAGAAGGAGAUCAGAAGAUUUCACAUCCAUUCUAGUUACUGCAGUUUAGCAUUAUGCCUCAAUUCUAAACUCUGGUUAAUCUUAGCUAUGGUUUGUUGAAACAAGCCAACUUCAUAACUCAAGCAGCAGUGGUUUAGAAAUCCCAAGCACCAGAGAAUGUCUUGUCUUCCUUCAAAGAGUUCUUGUCCCCUUACUACAUUAACAACCUUGUGUGGUGUCAGGGCAGACCUCUUUGCCUCUUCCCUCCUCCCUUGCCUCCUCCUGCAGGCAUAUCUAAGAGGCCAAGAUAGUUGCCUGGGUUUGAGUCAUGUCACGUGACAUUCAAAGUGAAAGUUCUUCCAUCUCUCUGAAAUGAUGCUUUGAGUGAUAGGUCAGCUUCUUGGAAGUUGAAGUCAUAUUUUUUGGCUCUCUUAAUACCAGAGACUUCCUGUUAGCACAGAACUGUUGUUGUUUCAGUAUCUUUGAAUGUGUUUGUCCAUUAUUAUUAUUAUUUUAAUUGCUUGAAAUAGUUACUGGCCAAUCAUGGUGUCUUUCAUGCUGCCGGCAGCCAAUAAAUACAUUUGGAUUAGACCUUGAGAAUUCUAAUAAGAAGUUUCCUAGAAUAGUGUCUUGAAGGGAAAAACAUUGGGGGAAGGGGGAAAACUUGUUUUGUUCAUUUAGGCCUAGCCUCACUUUUAAAAAAAGGUGUGCACUCAAAGCACUUUAUAUAAAUAUGUAUGGACUUAUAUUUUGUUUAUUGUCUGACACAAUGUAAUUUCAAGCAAGGGGCUGCUAAAAAUUGUAAAAUAAUGAGAAGCAUGUACGAUGUAUGGGGGGAGGGAGCAAUAUUUGCAUUGUGAUAUGAAACUGGCGUUUGCAAUCUUUUUGUGGUAAGGUAGUUCACGGUGUUGUCUGCAGGCCGGACAUCGAUCGCCGUGACAGACAGACAGACAAACAAACGCUAAAAGCCUUUCUCAAAACAAGAACUAAAGUCUGCAAACAACUCUUAAUGAAAGUGAGAGCAAGUGGUAUGAACUGUAUAGCAUUGACCAGAAUGUAUGGAGAGUUGCUUGUGCUCAAAAUGCCUUUGGGAUUGCCUCUCUUUGUUUUGUACAUAUUAAAGCACUGAUGGACUUUC